AUGAUAAUUACCACAACAUUAGCACACAGAUCCUCUUACUUGAUCCCCUUCCCAGUAUCAAUCGCGCAUAUUCCCUCAUUGCGCAACAAUAAAUCAAUCCUACAUCAUCUGCGCCAACCCCAACCAUUCUUUCUGCUAACAGCAAUAAUCCUCAUGGAAAGGCAAAAUAUGCAUCCAAGACUUCAAUGGUUUACACCAACUGCCACAAAACCAAUCAUACCAUCGAGACAUGCUACUUCAAACACGGUUUCCCACCUGGAUAUAGAAGCAACAUUGCUAAAAAUACAUCAGAUAACAAAACUCAGCACACCCACGACAAGGACAUUGGUAUCUCCAAGGAAGAUUACCAGCAUUUAG